AUGACCUCGCUUCCACGACUGGUCCCUAGGGCGAGAAACUUUGUUGUGAUACUACAAAAGGGUUUCUCAUCAUCGCCAGCUUCAUUUUCCGGUCACAACAGGUGGAGCAAAAUAUCCCAUCAUAAAGAUGCAGAAGACGUGAAGAAAUCGAAACUGUUCUCAAAAGCUGCACACGAAAUAGCCACAGCGGUCAAGACUGGUGGAUCGGUCGAUCCAAAUGUCAAUCUAGCUCUUGCAGUUGCAUUGCGACGAGCGAAAGUCAACGGAGUGCCAAAGGACAACAUAAGUGCCGCAUUAUCUCGAGUACAUCCUUCACGACAGAGUGCUACUCAACUCGUUGUCUACGAGGCAUUGGGUCCCGCCCAGACCGCUCUAAUCAUAGAAUGCGAAACCGACAACACAAAUAGGACCAUCAAGAAUAUACAAAAGACCCUACGAGAUCAUGGUUCGCGCAUUGCACCAGUGCGAUUUAUGUUCUCGAGAGUCGGGAGGAUAGUGGUCAAACCUCGAGAUGGGGCUCAAGUCCAAGACGUCUGGGACGCUGCGAUAGAAGCUGGAGCAGAGGACGUCAAUACCAACCCUGAUGAAAGUACGCGUGAAGUAGAGGUUCUGACGAGUGCAACGGAAUUGAACUCGGUUUCGAACGUCCUAUCUUCACCGCCUCACGCUCAUAACAUUGUUGCCAUGGAGUUAGCUUACCUUCCCAGUACUGAGCCGCAGGAAGAGGGUCAGAUACCAGAAGAUGAUGCUGCUUUAUUGAAAAGAUUGACUGAUGCUUUAGAGGAUGAUCCUGAUUGUGUGCGUGUAUGGACGACAUAA